CUGCGACGACUAAUGGGUUUGAGUUUGUACACCGGAGGCGUUUUGAAGUUACUUUUAAAAAGCUUUUUUUUUUUUUUUUUUUUUUUUUUUUUCCCCGUCGCGCUGUAGAUAGUUUGUUUGCUCGCCUUGUUUCUCUCAGUCGCUGUCAAAGCCUCGCUGUGAGCUCCAGGCUGCUGUGACGUUAGAUGCCACGUAGCUACAGUAACUGCAGCGGUUCCUCCAUGGAGUCACGUCCGCGAGGAAGCUGUCUCGCGCCUCCGCGUUCAUAAUCAUUUAUCCAUUGGUUUUUUGGGGUUUUUUCCCCCCUCCCCAACCUUUUUAGCGCCAUUUUACUUAAAACACACACAUCCAUUACGCUCCUGUAUAUGCAGAGGAGACUCCUAAAGUUCUGAAACGUGUCAGAGGAUGACGGGGUUCAUGCGUCAGCGGGGAUGGAGUCGCUUUGUCAAAUUGUUAAUACGAGGGGGAAAAGUUUGGUCCGUUCGCCGGUGAGAAAAAGCUGCCCAGUGAGCUGGAUGAAAGCUCGGACACCAGGCUGAUGUGGGAGGUUCGUGGCAGUAAAGGGGAUGUUCUGUAUAUUCUGGAUGCAAGUAAUCCUCGCCAUGCCAACUGGCUGCGGUUUGUCCAUCAGGCGCCUUCACAGGAGCAGAAGAACUUGGCAGCCAUUCAGGACGGAGAGAACAUCUUCUACCUGGCCGUGGAUGACAUAGAGACAGACACAGAGCUCCUGAUUGGCUACCUGGACAGCGACAUGGAAGAAGAGGAGGAGGAGGAGGAGGAAGAAGUCGUGAAAGACGAGGACGAGAACAGCAAAGAGGCCAAACAUCUUGUGGAAAUGGAACUUGUCAUAAAGAAGGAGGACCACCCCUGCCUGCUGUGCGAGAGCAGCUUCCCCAGUGAGGAGAUCUUGGCGGCGCACCUCCAGAGUCUGCACCAGAGGCCCAGCACCGAGGAGAAGGACUUCAAAUGCAGGAACUGUGGCAAGAAGUUCCCUGUCAAACAAGCUCUGCAGCGCCACGUUUUACAUUGUUCUGAGUCACUUGACCCGUCGGGCGACUCUAAAGCUCAUCAGUGUUCCCUUUGCCACAACACCUUCAGCUCAGAAUCCAGUUUCGAACAGCACAAGGAAGCAUGCAAAGGAGACGCCAGGUUCAUAUGCAAAGCGGAAAGCUGUGGAAAACGAUUCAAAAGCAAGGACGCUUUGAAGAAACAUAAAGGAAACGUUCACACAGGAAGUGCACGACGGAAACUCACUUGCACCAUAUGCAACAGAAAAUGUUCUUCUUCUCUGAAUCUUCAGGAGCACAGAAAGAUACACGAAAUAUUUGAAUGUCAUGCAUGUGACAAAAAAUUCAUCUCAACCAACCAGCUGAAACGCCACAUGAUCACACACUCUGAGAAGCGGCCCUACACCUGUGAGAUCUGCAGUCGGUCAUUCAAGCGUUUGGAUCAGGUCACGGCUCACAAGAUCAUCCACAGCGAAGAUAAACCGUAUAAGUGCAAGCUGUGCGGAAAAGAGUUCGCUCACCGCAACGUCUACAAGAAUCACAAGAAGACCCACUCCGAGGAAAGGCCCUUUCAGUGCGAGGAGUGUAAGGCGCUGUUCCGCACCCCCUUCUCUCUGCAGCGCCACCUUCUCAUCCACAACAGUGAGAGGACAUUCAAAUGUGACCAGUGCGACGCCACCUUUAAGAGGAAGGACACGCUGAACGUCCACAUCCAGGUGGUGCACGAUGGCCACAAGAAGUACAAGUGCGACCUGUGCGAGAAGGCCUUUGUCACUCCGUCGGUCCUGAAGAGCCACAAGAAGACUCACACAGGGGAGAAGGAGAAGAUUUGCCCUUACUGUGGACAGAAGUUCGCCAGCAACGGCACGCUGAGGGUUCACAUCCGCAGCCAUACAGGUGAGCGUCCGUACCAGUGCCCCUACUGCGACAAAGCGUUCAGCAAGAACGACGGCCUGAAAAUGCACAUCCGCACCCACACUCGGGAGAAGCCGUACAAAUGCAGCGAGUGCAACAAGGCCUUCAGCCAGAAAAGAGGGCUGGACGAGCACAUGAGGACACACACGGGAGAGAAACCCUUCCAGUGCGACGUGUGUGAUCUCUCCUUUAGCUUGAAGAAGAUGCUCAGCAGACACAAGCUGACCCACAACCCCAACCGGCCCAUGGCGGAGUGCCAGCUCUGCCACAAGAAGUUCACUCGGAACGACUACCUCAAGGUCCACAUGGAGAACGUCCACGGCGAGACGGAGAGCUAAAGCCAAUUACAGGAGCACAAGCGAGAUCCCCGAGAUAAAGCCCUGUCUCGCGUUUUACGCACCAGUAAAGUACGAACAUGUAGAGAUGAACAGAUAGCUGGACUUAUUGGCAUUACCGAUAGAGCCAUGUAAGAAUAUGGGAAACAUUAAGGCAGGCAUGUGGAAGCUGAACAUUUCUAUCCCCCCGCCCCCCUCCGUUCCCCGAAGUUCUUCGUCAUCCUGUUUCCGCAUUAUUUUUAAUAUUCGAACAAACAGAUUCCCAUAUGUUAUAUAUGCCUCCGGAGCCGCUGUGUCUGCUCCCAGGAACGUCUUGCAUUUCACGUCAAAUCCUUCCGACCUCUUUCUCUUUGUUCCGUUUCAACCAGAGCUCGUUGUACCUCGACUUUUGCUUUUGUGGCCAGCGGCCAAGAUCUGAAGGAAACCAGUGAUCCGAUUCCCUUUAGGUUCCCUCUCCUGGUUUUAUUUGCAUCCGUUCACACUGCUUUUGUUUAAAGUGACGCCUGCUCUUAGGAGGCGUCCAGACCUCCUCGGAUCUGCGCCUUUUAUUUCUGGAGCUUACUGUACAUGCGAUGGAACCGUACUGGUGAAAGCAGGAAGUCGCUGCGCGAUCUGCACCGACUCACAACUUUCAGCUUUUGUUUACGUAAAACCCAGAAAGUAGAAACAGGCUUUCAUCAGUCAGAUCUGCAGCUUUGUUGUUCUGGAUCUACUUACUCUUUCACUGUUUUAAGGGGGGUUAAAGUUCACUCCAUGUUUGACAUAAAGGGUUUUGGAAAAGCAUUAGCAGUCCUGCAACUUUUUCUUUUCUGUUUUUGCUGUUACAACUGCAAGCAUCAGUGCGUAUUAGUGGGAUUUUUUUGGAGUUAGACAAACACAAAGUAGCACAGAACUUUGAACGGUGUUUUUCUUCUACAAAAGAAAAAUCCGAAUGGCACUGCAAAAACCCAAAGUCUUAACAAGUAAUUUUGGUCCAGUUUCUAAUGCAGGUGUCUUAGUGUACUUUAAAUAAGAGAAAACCCAACUUACAGGUAAUUUUUCAACAAGAUUUAGGAGCUUGUUUUAAGUCAACAAUUCCUUAAUAUUGAUGAAAAAGUAUUUGUGCAACUGGCAGAUUAUUUCACUUCUCAAAUGGGAAAAAUGCCUUCUUGUAAUUGAAAUAAUCUGCCAAAGGAACGAGUACUUUUUCAUCAAUAUUGACUUCAAACAAGCUCCUAUCUCUUGCUGAAAAGUUACUUGUAAGUUAGUUUUGCCUUAUUUCAACGGUGCGAACACAUUUGCACCAGGAACUGGACCAAAAAUACUUUUGUGUUUUCAGCGUGUAGAUUCAAUUUUGCCCCAUUACACAAAUUCACCUUCUUCCACGUGUUGCUUUUUGCCAAACGUUUAUUGGGACUUCUCAUGAUUUCCUUUCAUCAGUAGUUUUUUUUUCUCCUCUGUUUUACACAAGGCUAAGAUUUUUUUGGGGGGAACGCAACUAAAAGUCCUGCCAACACUGAUAUAGUGUAACAAAUUUCCGAGGCCCAAAAGAACAGCUGUAUGUCCACUUAGUUUAAAUCGCACUUUGGUUAAUUAUUCAUCAAUUAGUUGUGCUGAAUUUUAUUUAGAGGAAUCAGAAGAAGGGUGGCCGAUUGCUAAUUCACCUAACUCCCUUUUCAGAUUCUCGCUUUAACAGUUUGCAAACUAAACUCGUCCAAUCGGUUUAAUAGUUCUGUUGUGUUUCGAUCUAACACGUGAAAUCCCAAUAAAAAUCGACUGAGGUUUGUUGUCAUGAUGUUUAUGGGGUGUGAAUACUUUAGGAAGGUACUCUUUGUUCUCCGUUUUCAGCAGAUUCUGCUGUUUGAACUCCGUCAUUGGCGUAAGAUGAAUUCACUCCGAGUUCAAAAGAUCUUUUUUCUCCACACAUUUGUGGACGAAUCGGUUUUCUACAAAGGGACUAAAGAAGAACCAAAGUUUUUGUUUACGUUCAUUAGAGACUCUUUAAUCUCUCUUUCAUGUGCAAGUCGCCCAAGAUGUUGUGCCUUAUAAAAUAUGUUUACGUGCUUUUAUGUUAAUCCUUG